ACUGACUGGUUUGAUAGGGCACACGUGCCUCCUAUAGGCUCCUACCUCGAAGUUGGGCUUGAAUCUGACCACUGGUGCUCGGGUAAAGUCGGCGCUGCUUCAUCAUGCUGGCAAAAUGUUUUGUGUUCUUAGUGAACGUUUUUUUGUUUUUCUCUCCUUUGUGUUCGUCUUGCCCUAGCCGAUGUCUUUGCUUUCGGACGACGGUGCGAUGCAUGCAUUUAAUGCUGGAAAAUGUCCCCGAAGUUUCUGCACAGACAACUAUUUUGGACCUACGAUUCAAUCGCAUUAAGGAAAUCCGUCCAGCAGCCUUUAAGAGACUGAGGAAUCUGAACACAUUGUUGCUCAACAAUAACCAAAUUAAAGGGAUUCCACAGAGGGCCUUUGAGGAGUUGGAAAACCUGAAGUAUCUCUACCUUUACAAAAAUGAAAUCCAAACAAUUCAAAAGCAAGCUUUUAAGGGGUUGGUUUCCCUGGAACAGCUAUACCUUCACUUCAAUAAUAUAGAAGUGUUAGAAUCUGAAACAUUUAGUGAUCUUCCUAAACUUGAAAGAUUAUUCUUGCAUAACAAUAGACUAUCAAGAAUACAUCCAGGGACCUUCUACCAGCUUGAAUCAUUGAAAAGACUUCGCUUGGAUUCCAAUUCACUGAUCUGUGAUUGUGAGUUGAUGUGGCUUGCAGAGCUGCUAAAGAAAUAUGCUGAACAUGGUAAUGCCCAGACAGCUGCCACCUGUGAGCAUCCCAGUAGGCUUCAGGGACGGUCCGUGACAACCGUAACAGCACAAGAGUUCAAUUGUGAGAGGCCUCGUAUCACUUCUGAGCCACAGGAUGUAGACGUUACUCUGGGAAAUACAGUUUACUUCACCUGCCGGGCAGAAGGCAACCCUAAGCCCAACAUCAUUUGGUUGCACAAUAAUAAUGAAAUUGAUAUGAAAGAUGAUCAUCGUGUGAACCUACUGGAAGAUGGCACGCUGAUGAUUCAGGAUAUAAAAGAGUCAGACCAGGGUGCCUACCAGUGCAUGGCGAAAAAUGUCGCAGGAGAGGUCAAGACCAACGAAGUGAUCCUCCGGUAUUUUGGCACACCAUCAAAACCUACUUUUGUGAUUCAGCCUCAAAACACCGAGGUGUUGGUGGGGGAAAGCGUCACACUUGAAUGUGGUGUCUCAGGCCAUCCUCAACCACGCAUCAUCUGGACCAAGGGUAAUAACACCCCCAUCCCUGAUGACCUAAGGUACACCAUCACUUCUUCCGGUGGGCUUUUCAUGCAGAACGUCACCUUCGAGGAUCAAGGGCAGUACAACUGUAAUGCGAGCAACACUGAAGGUUCCAUCCAGGCUGUCGCCCACAUCAUUGUUCAAGAUGGUCCUAAAUUUUCAGUGGUUCCCAAAAAUCAGGUGGCAGUGGAAGGAACUGCAGUGGAUUUCUACUGCCUUGCGGAGGGUACCCCAGCUCCAGUGAUUGCCUGGACUAAAGCAGGUGGUCAGUUGCCCAAUGACCGAAGACACACAGUUUUGUCUACUGGAACACUGCGUAUUGUGAGAGUAGCUGCCCACGAUCAAGGCCAAUACGAGUGUCACGCCAUUAGUGUAGUGGGGGCAAGGCAUGUACCAGUACAGCUGACUGUUGAGUCACUAGUGACACCUGUGUUCAUUCAUACACCACAUGAUACCACAGCUGAAACUGGACAGGAUGUGGAAAUCCAAUGCUCUGCACAGGGGGAACCUCAUCCAAUCAUUACAUGGACCAAGGAUGGUGUACAGAUCACAGACAGUGGAAAGUUUUUUGUCACUCCAGAGGGGGCAUUGACUAUUCGAGAUGUUGGAGAAGCAGAACAGGGCCGCUAUGAGUGCAUUGCCCGAAAUGCGUUUGGUUUCAUCUCCAGUAAUAUGCUGUUAACCGUCACUGCCCUGGAAGGUGGGCGAACUGGUGACACCUUUGUUGAAGAGUCUCUCCAGGAAGCUAUUAAUAGCAUUGACAGUGCAAUUAAUUCAACACGAAGGGAUUUGUUUGACAAGCGCCCACGCACCCCUAAUGACCUUCUGGCUUUAUUCCGUUACCCGCGUGACCCCUAUACCGUGGAAGCAGCAAGAGCGGGUGAAAUCUUUGAGAGAACACUGCAGUUGAUUCAGGAGCAUGUUCAACAAGGACUAACUGUGAACCUUAACAAUAUAAGUUAUCGCUAUAAUGAUCUGGUGUCUCCACGAUACCUUAACAUGAUUGCCAAUAUCUCAGGCUGUACUACUCACAGACGUUCUCCUGACUGCAUCAAUAUUUGUUUUCACCAAAAGUACAGAACACAUGAUGGCACCUGUAAUAACCUGCAGCAUCCGAUGUGGGGAGCAUCACUUACCGCUUUUGAAAGACUUCUCAAACCUGUAUAUGAAAAUGGGUUUAACCUUCCCAGAGGCUCCAGUGUGAACCCAGAGGACAGCAGGUAUCCUCUUCCAUUACCUCGUCUGGUUUCCACCACAAUGAUUGGUACUGAAGCAAUCUCUCCUGAUGACCAAUAUACACACUUGUUAAUGCAGUGGGGCCAAUUUCUUGACCAUGACCUGGACCUGACAGUGGCUGCUCUCAGUAUGUCUCGGUUUUCUGACGGAGAGCCAUGCAACAAAUUCUGCACCAAUGAUCCUCCGUGUUUUCCAAUUUUGAUCCCAGAUGAUGAUCCUCGUGUGAGGAAUGGCCGGUGCAUGUUCUUUGUGCGUUCUAGUCCGGUAUGUGGCAGUGGGAUGACUUCCCUGCUAAUGAAUUCAGUUUACCCAAGAGAACAAAUUAAUCACUUGACAUCCUAUAUUGAUGCUUCAAAUGUUUAUGGAAGUACAGAACAUGAGUCACAGGAGUUAAGGGAUCUAACCAUUCAACGUGGUCUAUUAAAGACUGGUCAGGUUGUCCCUAAAUCUGGCAAACAUUUGUUGCCUUUUGCCACAGGCCCACCAACAGAGUGUAUGAGGGAUACAAAUGAGAGUCCGAUUCCAUGCUUCCUUGCUGGAGAUCAUAGAUCCAAUGAGCACAUUGCAUUGACAGCAGUACACACACUGUGGUUCCGUGAACACAACCGUAUUGCAAUUGAGCUACUGAAACUCAAUCCACAUUGGGAUGGCGAUACCAUUUAUCAUGAAGCACGCAAAAUAGUUGCUGCACAAAUGCAGCAUAUCACAUAUGAUCACUGGCUAACCAAAGUACUAGGAGACGUUGGAAUGAAAAUACUGGGUGACUACAAGGGCUAUAAUCCAAACAUCAAUGCUGGAAUUGUCAAUGCUUUUGCCACAGCAGCUUUUCGCUUUGGUCACACUCUUGUCAAUCCAGUUCUCUAUCGCCUGAAUGAAUCCUUCCAGCCAAUCCCUGAAGGUCAUCUUCCACUGCAUAAAGCUUUCUUCUCACCAUUCAGACUUAUCCAAGAGGGUGGCAUUGAUCCACUUCUUCGUGGACUGUUUGCUGUCCCUGGAAAAAUGAGGGUUCCAACCGAACUUUUGAAUUUGGAGCUCACAGAAAAAUUGUUUUCCAUGGUGCAUGCUGUUUCCCUGGAUUUGGCAGCCAUGAAUAUCCAGCGCGGGCGUGAUCACGGAAUACCUCCCUACAAUGACUACAGAGUUUUCUGUAACCUUACGUCAGCACGUGAUUUUGAGGAUUUAAAAAAUGAGAUCAAGAACCCAGAGGUUCGCAAAAAGCUAGGAAGGUUGUAUGGCACUCCACGGAACAUAGACCUUUGGCCUGCACUGAUGGUGGAAGAUUUGAUACCUGGGACAAGGGUGGGACCAACACUACUCUGCCUCCUUAGUACUCAGUUUCGUAGACUGAGAGAGGGAGACAGAUUCUGGUAUGAAAAUCCAGGAGUCUUCACCCCAGCCCAGUUGACUCAGAUAAAGCAAGCUUCACUCGCACGAGUCAUUUGUGACAACGGCGACAACAUCCAGCGGGUUCAACCUGAUGUCUUCAAGGUGGCAAAUUAUCCUCAGGGCUUUGUCAACUGCAGGGAAAUUCCACAAAUCGACCUGCGAAUGUGGCAGGACUGCUGUGAAGACUGUGCAAAUCGUGGACAGUUCAAUACUCUCUCACAAAGGUUCCACAGCAAACGUUCAGAAGAAUAUAGUUUCCCAGAAGCCAAAGAUGCACAUCAAAAACGGGUGACUAAACAAAGUGAGAGAGAUGUGGAAGUUCAGGAAAAUAUUUCCAACUCCUCCUCUGCACAGGCUGAUACCUGUGGAUCUGAACUGGAAAACCUAAGGAGAAAGAUAGAAGUGCUUGAAGCUCACUUGAAAUUAACAGGCUGCAUUGACAAGGAUGGGAAUGUAAGACGUGAAGAUGAACAUUGGGAGAAAGACCCAUGCACUUUGUGCCACUGUAAGGAUACAGAGACCAAAUGUGUAAUGACAACUUGUCCUCAGAACUGCAGAAAUCCAGUAAAGAAACAAGGCAAAUGUUGUCCUGACUGUGAAGAGGAGUGACACCUGUAGAAACAACUACUAACAAUCCAAAGAAGUAUAAUCAGCAGAUUAUAUCAUCUCUGUUGACAUUCAGGCACUGAAUACAUCCAUGACUAUUUGAAUUGUUCUAUAUUAUUGUUACAGUUCAUCUCUCCCUUUCUCUCAGCACAACCCAAAUACUAGAAACCUGAUCCGCACAGCACUCAAUCAUCAUGGACCAUAAGACUUAACCUGAAAUGAUCCAAGUGUUUAAAUUUUUAUCAUAUAUUCACUAGUUACAAUAUGCACUGUUUUAAAGAACAUGUUCCUUUUUACGGUGAAUGUCGUGUCAGGAUCUCUGUAAACAUAAAACCUAAUUUCUGCUAUACAAGGAUCAAGAGCUUCACAGUUACCUCAAAGCAAGUGGUUUCUCAUGAUCAUGGUGCUAAAUAUUUAGUGUUUAAUCAGUAAAACAAUAGGUAUUAUAUCUUGAAUUUUAUACUUUGUACCAUUUUUAAAAAAUUGUUGGACUUGUCACUUUGUAUAUACACUGUUAUAUUUUGUUCAGCCAUCAUUUUUCAGUAAAUUAUAUCACGGAAGAUACGACUUGUUACAUCAGGGUUAAAUUGAAACUGCCGACUUCUGCCAGAAAUAUUUUCAGAGGACAUGGACCCAUUUCUUGGAAUAGACCAAGUGUAUUCAACCUGCUUAUCCCUAAGUAUAUUGCGAGGACUGACCUGCACUGCAAUAUGCAUUGAUCAGUUUGGAUGCUAUAAAUUGCAAUUAUUAUAGAUUAGAGAUGAAAGGAUACAAAAGCAGAAAAUGCUGGAAUACUUCUCAAUACACCGGAUGGAUUGCUACCCACAAAUACAGAGCCAGGGUUCAGAGUGUUCGAGAUGUCAGUUGCUGUAAUAACAUCAAUUUGAAGUGUUGAAAAUAAUAAACUGCAAGUAUUUGACAUUUAUUUAUAACAAUAUAAGAAUUAAAUCUGUGAGAAUGAACAAUUAAAUGCAAUAAAACUCCAAAUUCGUGAAUUGCAACCAUAAAUAUAACCAAAAACGCAAUCUAGAAAUAUAAAAGCAUCCACAAAAAAAAAUGUUAAUGGCUCCUAAAAGAGCAGCAUGUGUAGUCCGUGAAAUAAAAGUUUUGUACCUUUGGAUGCCUAGGAAAUCCAAUACCUUCAAGUUUUCUGAAAACCAUGUCCCUCUGGUGCUGCCUAUAAAACCCAGGAAUUCGACUGUAGCUACGUCAAGAUUGUCCUUUAUGGUCGAUUUCAAGUGUCUGUACUUGUUGGACUUCUUGAUAAAAGCAGCGCCCAGAGAUCCGGAGUUGUUUUCAAAGCGAAUGGAAACAUCAACCACUGCAGCUUUUACUCUUUUAACGAAGACAACAUCCAGAAUCCGAACAUGUCCUUCUCAAUCUAAAAACCUUUGUUCUUUAAAAACAGUAAAACCGGCCACGGCGCCCCUAGAACGUAACAUAUCUAAAACCCUAUUAUGUCUGUAGAUCUGUGGCUGUUUUACUGCAAGGCACAUGCCUGAUACAUGGCUCAGUGUUUCUCUAGCCAACUCACAUCUUCUACAAGACCUAUCUAUAUUGGUGUCCAAGGCCAGUGUAUUCCUAACCAGGUAUGAGUAUGAACAGGGCUAUAAUAUACUCAGACUGUUCAAGGGAUGUAAAACCCCUAAUCCAGCUAUUGGACUGGGGAUCGUUUUUGUAAUAAUGAACCCCAAUUCCUUGAAGACCCAGCCCACUCCAGCAGUCGAACUCCAUAUCCCUCCAGUUGUUUCUCCCUACACUGACCUUGACCUUGCUGGCCUCAUCCCUAACAACAUCCUCUAUAUAACAAGCAUUGAUACAAGCUAACUUCCUAUACUUCUCUAUAACUUUAUCAACAUCGAUCCCCGCAAACUGGAAACUCAGACCCACCAUUCCGUUGGCUGAUUUCUUAAAAUUGAUGCACUUCCUAAGUAUAGACAGAGGGAUCUGAGUUUCCAGUUAGAGGAUCAAUAGACCACCAUCCCGGAUCCUAGAGUAAAACAGUCCAUCGUUCAUGCACUUGGGGAGGUGUAAAUACUCCUUAAUGAAGCCUCUUAUAGUCUCAGCAAGUUUGACUAAAACAUUUUGAGAAGCCUCAUUUAAGAUCAAGGAGUAGUAAAAACAAAAUCUCAACUUUUUGGGUUGGCUUGAGCCUAGCCCUUAGGAGACUCCUACCCCAUCCCUCGAGUUUACUACUCCAGUCAUUGGUUGAACAGCCAAUCCAGGGGUCAAUCCUGGCACCAAAGUAUUUCCCCCCCAAUCCCUAGGACUAACAGGCACGGUAGUGUAGCGGUUAGCAUAACACUUUACAGUGCCAGUGACCUGGUUCAAUUCCGGCCACUGUCUGUAAGGAGUUUGUACAUUCUCCCCGUGUCUGCAUGUGUUUCCUCUGGGUGCUCUGGUUUCCUCCCACAUUUCAAAGACGUACGGGUUAGGAAGUUGUGGGCAUGCUAUGUUGGCGCCGGAAGCAUGGCGACACUUGCGGGCUGCCCCCAGAACACUAUGCAAAAGAUGCAUUUCUCUGUGUGUUUUGAUGUACAUGUGACUAAUAAAGAUAUCUUAAAUCUUAUCUUGUAGAGCCAAUUAUCGAUGGAGUUAAAAACAAAACUUUUGUUUUUAAACAUCAUAAAAAAAUCCGGUACUCUUAUUGUGAUUCACCUCAAUGACUGUUUUUUAGACAUGCCCUUGUGAGAAUCACUCACAAGGGCCACACCAUCAGCAAAACCCAGGGCUGUACAGGAUGUAUGUUCUGUUUCAAGAUGAAAUCCGGACCCAACCCUAUCUAAUGAACAUAACAGGAUGUCCAUUAUGAUGUUAAGUACUAUGGGGGAAAGUGGGUUUCCCUGCUUUACCCCCCUCAACAUAGGGAUCGCUCUGGUCCUGGCUUUGCCAUCCUCAGUACGAGUUUGUAGGAAGAGUUGUGGCUGCAUUUGUGGGAAGAAAAACAGAGUUAACAUUUCAAGUUGAAGACCCUCUGACCUGCUGAGUAUUUCCAGCAUUUUCUGUUUUUAUUUCAGAUUUCCAGCAUCUGCAGUUUUUUUUUGAUUUUCACAGAUAUUAUAGGUCCUUUCUGGAAAAAAAUGUGUGACUGUAGGCCUUGAUUUUUCCGUGAUGUAGGGAAAAUCAAUGGUGUUUUUCUGAAUUAUGCUCCCAGUGGGUAAGGCACAUAACCAUGAGCACAUAGUGGGAAAUGUUUCCUUCGGUGACAUAAUGUAUCACUAAGGGGAUCACUGCCCAGGCCUAGUGGGCCAGUUUCUAGGUACAUGCUGCCAGCAGGGAUCUCUGCCGGCCACCAAUGGACAUUGGAAAAUUACAGAAGUUUGAUUUCAGUGAAUGGAGAAUCAUAGCAGUGAAUCUGGUUCCCUCUUUGUCGUGAUGUACUUGGUAAUUAUCCCUAUGGCUUGUAUCUCUUUCCACUGCCUAUUGAGUUGUAAUUUCAUGUAUCUAUGAAAGUGAAUCUUGCUACAUGACACUGUAUGUACUUAGCCAGUCUGAACAAAGCUUCAAUUAAAAGCGCAUGUAUUUUUGCUCUUUCUGUCCAGUAUCUUAUAUUCUCCAUUAGGAAAAUAUUUGAAUUGCAAACUUGAACUUUUACUGGAAGA